GUUAUGGAAGGGGUGAACUUAUUUUAGCAGUAGGGGUCUUAGUUCGAAACGCCUUGGUUGGCGACGGAGAGAUGGGUGCAUUGAAAUCUCUGGAGGAGGUCUAUCACAUAAUCGACGCCAACUUUCUUCAAUUCUGUGCAUCUCGCGGCAUUUUUUCCGAAUUGUCAGGAGGAUGAACCUACUCAGUGUUUUUCCUUUCCACAGUUGAAGAUUUCUUAGUUCAUGAUGUGUCCAUGUUGAUGGCUUCUGCAGACAAACUCUCUAAUUCAGAUAGAUUAAAACAGGGUAUCAACCAACUUGUCUUGAUUACUGAAACCUACCAUCAACCAUGGAUGAAUGGUUUGAUGUUAUUGGAAGAUAGAGAACAGAAUAAACAUUAUAUAUCAACAGGAUCUGAAAGCUUUGAUGUGUUACUCCAAGGUGGAUUGCGUGAGGGACAUGUAACAGAGCUAGUGGGCCCAUCAUCAUCUGGAAAAACACAAGUUUGCUUUCAAGUUGCUUCAAAUGUGGCUUUGAAGAAGGGUAAUGUCGUCUUUUUUGACUCGGGAAACUCGUUUUCUCCUACACGGAUUAAACAAAUGGUUACCCAUAUAUCUGGUUCAGAGGAGAAUAAGGUGAAUGGAGGUGUUGAAGAAGCAAUGAGACACAUAGAAUGCCAUGCGGUAUUUGACAUAUAUACCCUGCUAGACCUUCUUCAUCAACUAAAGUUAAAUUUAAAAUCUCAAUCUCAGAAAAAGUCAACAGAGCUGAUAAUCAUUGAUUCAAUAUCAUCACUCAUUGCUCCAAUUCUAGGAGGCAGUAAUGCUCAAGGACAUGCAUUAAUGGUUUCUCUUGGAUACCUUCUCAAGGACUUAUCACACCAACACAACAUCGCAGUUUUAGUUACAAAUCAUAUGGUUAGUGGAGAAGGAGGUAGUUUGAAGCCUGCUCUUGGAGAGAGUUGGAGAAAUAUUCCACAUGUGCAGCUACAACUUUCUCAACACCAUACAACAACCAACAUCUAUGGUGUCUAUAUACUUAGGCAUCCUUACAUGGCAUCUGGCAAAAGUGUGAAUUUCAUGAUUCCAUGAUAGCAAGAAGACUGAUGCGCAUGUGGUAAGUUGGUAACAAGUUAAUAUAAAGUUUAAAUUGUAACUAUGUAACAAAUGAUGCAUCAUUGAUAUCAUUUUCCAAUUGCAUAGAAAGCCAAAUAUAAAAAUAAUAUAUUUGUCAAUAAUUUAUGGUACAAACUAUA